CAUAACUAUGCAAAGCAUACUUAAAAAUAGUUUGCCAAGCGAGGGACUGGGUUCUUUGAGAAAAACGCGAACCAGCGAAGUUUCUGCCUUUGUUAAAAAUUACAACCAGGCACAAACAAGAGCACUGCGAAAAGAGGUUGAAAUAUGGCACAAAGAUACUCGACACAUAUUACGAUCCAUGAAUGACCGACAACAUAAACUUUAUUCAUCAUUAUUGGAACUCAGCAAAACAAAAAAGUUGAUCAAAACUCAAAGACAAGACGAAGAUAAGACUAAAAAAUUAACAAAUGAUCUUGAAUGGAGAAAAAAAGACAUCUUGGCAAGAAGAUUGAAAAAAGCAUCAUUGGAUCAGAGUGAUGGGAAAUCUUUGAAUAUCAUGAAAAUUAGACAUUUUGAUUAUGAAGAGAAGUUGUCAAAAAAUCGCAAGUCGUCUCCGAUAGAAACUAUGGUUCAAAUGGCCAGUGGUACAUUUUCACCGAAUACCGCUCCGCAUUUAGCAUUGACAAUUGGUAAUGUUACUGCGUUUGAAAACAUGAUGGAUAAUUUGACUGAGACUGAAUAUUUGGGCAAGGCAUUAGAAGAUACUGUAAAGAAGGACGUUGUAUGUGAGAAUGUAAACGAACACCUAGAAACAAGGGAGUCUGGAUAUGAAAUCUCAAAAAAAGAUUUAAAUGACUCAGACACUAACAAUACUGUAAUAGCAAUGGUUGAAAAUGCCAAUUUGUCACCACCCUUGCUCUCGUCUCGCGUAAGCCAACACUCUGAUUUCAUUCGUGGACCUAAUUGUCUGAACAUGACAAAACCUCACCGUCUAAAACCUGAUCCUAUAUUGCCAGCUAGCGGUGAGUUAAAAACGUUGUCAAAAUUUGCCAUCUCGCGUUCAAAGCGAAGACAGAGACUCAAAGACAUUGAGUUUGCUCAGUUUGAUAAAUUAACAAUUCCGGAAAAUGACGAAGUUUCCGAUUUCUCUCCACAAAAAAAACAUGGCUUUACAACAAAGCAAUACCUGAAUACUAGUAAAAACGAUUUUUUCGAGUCCGUCGAAAAUGAAAUCACGGAAGAACAUUGCUCGCCUAAUCAACUUGAAAUAAAAAGUCAAGUUGAAUUCAGUAUCGAUUCUGAAUGUUUCAUGAACGAAAAAAGGCGAAAGUCAAAUAAGGGAAGACGUAAAAGAAGAAAAUAUAAUUCACAUUCAUCAAAAACACCAUCUAAUCCGUCCGAGGAAAUGAACAAUCGAUCAUCGAUACAGGCAAUGGAGGGAAAACAAUAUCAAGUGACAGUUUAUAAGAAAGAUAUUGAUGGCAAUUUGAACGAAGAAAGUGAACUCAUUGAUACAACAGUCGAUGUUGCCAAAUACUUUCAUUUUGCUUCACACAGGGAUCGCCUAACUAGGCAACAACUGUUGAAAGAUGCAAGGGAUAAAGAAAUUAAACAACGGAAAAGAGUUUCGGAAUUUCUUGUAAAGUUGUCGCAAGAUGAAGAAGAAGGAAAACGACGGAUGAAACUAAACGCUAAAAAUAAUGAAGAAGCUCGGUUGGCUCUCAAAAAGCGAUUAGAAGCUAUUAAAAAAGGACCACCAAAAUAUGGUAUAAUUGACCCCGACGAAUCUAUUCCUGGCUACGUGAGAGAGUACAUUAGACCACCAAAAAACGAGAAGAUCAGAGCAAAACGAGAGAGAAAAAGAUCAAGUUGGUGUCUGCCGUCAAUAUAUACGCUAAAUGCAUCCUUGAACGGAGCAAACUCUCUCUCUACGUCGUUUAAUUCCGGAGGAAAUUCUAGGCACUCUCAGCAAAUAAAAGAUUUCAACUUAUCGUCAUCUCAUCUUGUUAAUAUCAAUAUGGAAAAAUAUAUUAUACAAGCAGCAUCUCAAUGAAUAGAUUAACAACUAAUUUCCUCGAAAACACAGUUUUUUUUUAAGAAUACAUAGUUUAAUGGCAUUACUAAAAACUAAAAAAACUACUACAUUACUGAAAAAAAAUUCUAUAUAUUUCGUGAUAUAUACAAUAUAUUUGAUUGCAAAUAGUGGGCGACUGUUCAUUCAAAGGAAAAUUAUCUCUGAAGAAGACUCAUCCCUCAUUCACAUUUUAGCUUGUAUAAUUGACGUUGUUUGACAAUUCCUUCGCUUUUUUAUAUGUGCCGUUUUUUACGUUAAUACUUUUCUAUUUCUUCUUUACUCGUUUAGAAAAUGCAAAUAUAUGUACAACAAUUCGCUAGGUUUUUGUUAUGUUUGUAUCCAGCUCAAAGGAAAGUCCAAUAACCGAGGAAGAAUUCGUAUCGAAUAAAGUGUCUGAAAGUGUAAAAUAAUAAACUGGUAUUGGUGCCAUCGAAGACAUCACCAUAUUCCAAGUUGCCGAUAAUUAUCAAUAUAUCAUGAUAUUAAGGGAUUUCAAAUGGGAAUUUUUAUUUUUAAUUUUAGUCUCCACGUUUGCAGAGAAGAUUAAACACACCUUCAGGAAAAAUAAAAAUAAUUCAUUCAUUUCAGUUUUUAUUUUUUUUAAAACUUACUUCAAAUAAGGAAUUUCCGGACCAGGAAUUCUUUUUCGGACUGGGUUCGUAUUUCAAACGUAAAUUCUUCUACAGUUCACGACUCAAGUGAUUUAUUCGAAACAAUUUAUAAUAAAAAAAAUUUUAAUUACUUUUACGUUAGGACUUGUGUAUCAUUAAUAAAAUGAUAUCGUUCGAGACAUGGUGUCUCGAUAUUCCGAGCUAAGGAAAUCAAUCAAAUUAGUCGAUAAAGACUUUAAGUUAAUUAAUAAUAUUAACAUUUUAGAGUAUUAUUCAAUUAUUAGCCAAUUUGAAUCAAAUUAUAAGCUAAAUAGUCUUAAUUAGUAAAUAAUAUUUCGAUGAAUAAUUUAUCUGGACACAGAACAUGAAUGAUUUUUGUCAGGCCCUUACAUUUUUUUAAUACUUGAGUCAAAUCUCUUUUCUUAUCUUGACGGCUAUCCUCCUGUUUGCGUCAAUGGUAAAUAUGAUUUGUUCUUUAUUUUACGUAAAGAAAUUCACAAUAUUAAUUCUCAUGGUUGAUUUAUUACAACAUUCGUAAAAUUCUCUUCCCAUUAUUGUAAUUACAAUCAAUUUGGCGCCAGUAAUUGCAAAAACGUGCUGGGUGAAGCUAUAUAAGCAAGCCACCGGGUUUCGAAAUAUAUAUUUACAUUCAAGUCAAAUUCAAAGAAAAAGAGUAUCAUCCUAAAUCAGGAAUGGAAAUUGGGAAGGUUUCAGUUAUUGCAAUUACAUGCAUAGUGACGAUUCUCAUUCGAUCUACAUUAGCUCAAGAUAUCCGAGGAGGCGAACCAUACGAAUUGAUACCAAAUACACGAGAUUUCGAAAACAGCCAACUAUCAGCGAGAGAUCUUCGACGAUUGUUUAACAGAUGCAUGCGACGAAACUAUGACAUAUUGGAAUUUUGUCUGUACGAACUUAAUGCUUACUUGAAUCAACUUAUGAUUGAACAAUCGAGCGGAUGGUAAGAAUCAUCGUGUAUACGAGGAAGAAAAGAAAAGCAAGCAUAGCAAAAUUUCACUGUAGCAAUUAUCGAGUCUGUCAUGAACUUUAUUGAGAUCUUAUGAGAACUACAAUGAAAGCAUUGAAAGCUUGUGAACAAAGCAACGACAAAUGCCUAGCAAAGGCCUGCAAAUGAUUUUAUUCAUAUAUCCUUUUAUAUCAACUUAUUCUGCUAUUUCUUCAAUAUGUACAAAUAUGUGUAUUUUAUCUUAUUCGGUAAAAAAUAAAGACGAAUUACAAGUAUA